AUGUCCACGACGCUCCCGUUCGGCGACCUACAGGUCCCUAUUCCCGGCUAUGGCGCCAUGGGUCUUAAUAGCAGCAUGGGGACUGACUUCAACUACGAGCAAUCCGAGCCGGUUCUUCUAAAAGCCAUCGAGCUCGGCUGUACUUUUUGGGACACCGCGGUAGCCUACAAAAAUGGCGAAAACGAGAAACUGCUGGGAGAGUUCAUCAAGAAGCACAAUGUCCGCGAUAAGCUUUUCGUCGCCUCUAAGUGUGGAUUCGCCGUCUUUGGGCCUGAACGCAAGGUGGACAACUCCGCUGCCCAUAUCAAGGAAUAUAUUGAGGGAACGAUUGACAGACUUGGUUUCACGCCUGAUCUCUACUAUCUGCACCGAAUUGACCCCAACACACCCCUCGAGGAGUCCAUCGGUGCCCUGGAUGAGCUUCGCCGUGCCGGAAAAACAAAAUACAUUGGUCUAUCCGAAUGCUCAGCUGCAACCCUGCGCAAGGCAAACGCAAUCGCCAAGAUUGACGCCGUUCAAGCUGAGUACUCUGCUUUUGAGACCUGUCACGAGACCAGCGGCCUGAUCGAGACGGCCAAGGAAUUAGGAGUGGCAUUUGUGGCAUUCAGCCCUCUGGGUCACGGCUGGCUUGUCGAUGACAUCAAGUUCAAGACACCUGAUGACUUCGCACUAGGUGACUUCCGACGCACUGUCCCAAAGUUUCAGGGCGAAAAUUUCAAUAAGAACAAGGCGAUCGUCGACUUGAUUAGAAAGCUGGCCAUUCGCAAGGGUUGCUCGGUCGCGCAGAUCGCCCUCACUUGGGUGGCUGCGCAAGGGUUGAUCUCUAUUCCAGGAACAACCCGUGCCUCGCGCUUGGAAGAGAACUGGGCAUCACGUAACAUCGAACUGACGGCAGACGAGCUGAAGGAGAUGCGACAGAUCGUGGAUGAUGCCAAGCCGGUUGGAGAGAGGUUCAACGCUCUUUUUGGAUCGAUGUCUCGUGCCAUCGUCAAUUAUCUGACGGUUCUGCGGUACCUCAUCUACGGCUAG